AUGGGCCAAAAACACAAGCAAGAAUACAGACAUCAAGAAGCCCUUUCUUGUUUUAAACAAGUACUCGAUGAACUAAAAUCCACGCCCAAUAAUGAAAAUGAUAUAGAUCGAAUUCGAUACGAUGUUAAUCUCAAUAUCUGUGAUAUUUAUGUACGCCAGCGUGAAUGGGUCAAAGCAAACGAAUUCAGCCAGAUGGGACUACAACUGGCUAAUACAUCACAGAAGAAAGUCAAUAAAGCACGAUGUCUUGAUAGACAAGGUAACAUCAAAAGAUUGCAGGCCGAUUUAAAUGGUGCUUUAGAUGACUAUAAAAAAUCGUUGGAAAUAAAACUGAAAUGGCUGGAGAGCAAUAGUUUACAUAUUGCUCACUCAUAUAAUCAAAUCGGAAUCGUUUACGAAAGCCAAGGCAAAUUUGUUGCCGCUCUAUCUGCUUACGAGAAAUCACUUAAAAUUUACUCUUCAAGCCUUGGUGAUAAUCAUUCUGAUACUGCUACAUUAUACAAUAACAUAGGAAGUAUUUAUAAAAAACAAGGCAAAUACAACAAGGCCCUUUCUAUGUAUGAUAAAUCUCUGAAAAUUCGAAUAUCUGCCGUAGGUGAAAACCAUCCCCAUGUCGCUACAACAUACAAUAACUUGGCAAGCGUUUAUAAGAACCAAGGUAAACUUGAUGAGGCACUUUUACUAUAUGAUAAAUCACUCAAUAUUCAGCUAUCGAUGCUUGGUGAUCAUCACCCGGAUAUAGCUACCAUUUAUAACAAUAUUGGAAGUGUAUACUGCUGCCAAGGCAAUUAUGGAAAGGCUCUUUGCAUGUACGAUAACUCACUAAGAAUUCGAUCUAUGGUCCUUGGCAAUUGCCAUUCUGAUGUUGCUCAAUCAUAUAACAACAUAGGAGUCGUAUACUGCAAUCAAAACAAAUUUGGUGAGGCUCUUUCUAUGUUAGAUCAAGCCCUUAAAAUUCGAUUAUCGAUCUUUGGUGAUAAUCAUCCUGAAGUUGCUACAUCAUAUAACAAUGUAGGACUUAUCUAUCAUAAACAAGGUCGAAAGGGUACUAAAGUCUUUAAAAAGUUUUUCCGAAAAAAUGAAGCAAAUAUUAAUAUAUCCCCAAGGCCCAACGCAAUCAGUGAUGACGGUCUCGAUGAUACUAGCCAAGAAAAUCAAGACAUCGAUAGUAUACGAACUAAUCGAGAAUCGGAUCGCAAUAGCACAGCUGUGUCGGAUGUUAUUGCUUACGAUAAUGACGAUAUGAACGGAAAUGAAAUAGAAAGUAGUCAAUGUAAGAAAAUGCCUUCCCUUCUGGUCUCAGGAGAAUGCUGCUGCGCCGAUCGUAGCUGCGAAGGCUACGAAGAGUAUAAAAGCAGGUGA